AUGAAGGCUUCACUGGUGACCGCCUGCGUGGCUCUCCUCGCUUCGGCUUCUGCUCAACUCGUCAACCCAACAAUUGCUUCGAUCAAUGGAGAUCGCUACCUGUCUCCAUUCGCCGGGCAAACAAUCACCGGACUUCGAGGACUUGUGACAGCAAAAGGGCCAAAUGGUUUCUGGAUCAGGUCGACUUCGCCUGAUAGGGAUCCCCGCACAUCCGAUUCAGUCUAUGUCUUCGGGAGGAACAGCGUUGGCAACGUCACUGUCGGAGAUGUAGUAUCGCUGGACGGGACAGUUGCCGAAUUUCGUUCGAACAGAGACUACCUCUUCUUGACGGAGAUUGAGCAGCCCAGCAAUGUCAUUGUCGUCUCCUCUGGCAACCGAGUGGAGGCGCUCGAGAUCGGAAAGCGCGGUCUCACUCCCCCGACAGAGCUGCAUACCUCUUUGGAUGAUGGAGAUAUUUUCGGUGUUCCCAACAACAGGUCUCUGCUCUCACAAGUCAACCCUAGGCUAGAGCCAUCUCGCUAUGGGCUGGAUUUCUGGGAGUCUCUUUCUGGGGAACUCGUCACAGUACGCCGACCACGCGUGCUCAAUCGGCCCAACUCAUUUGGCGAUACAUGGGUCGUGGGGAAUUGGCCAACUACGGGUGAUAACAAACGAGGAGGCCUCACCAUCACCAAGGGCGAUGGUAAUCCCGAAGCAAUACUCAUCGGCUCUGCCCUCGACAACUCUACCAACCCAUCAGACUCGAAGCUUGGCGACGAGCUUGAGGAUAUCACAGGCGUCGUGGCAUAUGCUUUCGGUUUCUACCGCAUUCUCCCAACGACUGCCGUGGCUGUCAGGAAAUCACAGCGACCCGCGACGGCAAGCGCUUCGACGUUGCGUUCCAACGGUCGCUGUGAUGGAAUCACAGUCAGUCAAUACAACAUUGAGAAUGUGGCACCAACUUCAGCCAAUAUCCCUCAGAUAGCGGACCAUGUUGUCAACUUCCUCAAAUCACCGGAUCUUCUUAUACUGCAGGAAGUGCAAGACGAUGAUGGUCCUACUAACACACCGAUUGUCGACGCAAACAUCACCAUGGCUGCUAUUAGGGACGCAAUCACUGCAGCAGGCUCCUCCUUCCAAUACGAUUUCACCAACGUCAACCCUGUGGAUGACCAAGAAGGUGGCCAGCCUGGCGGAAACAUUCGCAACGUUUACUUCUACAACCCAGCAGUCCUUCGCCUCGCGAACCUCAACCCUGGCUCCAGCACUCAAGCGACAGAAGUACUCCCAGGCCCACGCCUCAGCUUAAACCCCGGCCGCAUCGACCCUGCUAACUCCGCCUGGACAUCGGCCCGUGUACCACUUGUUGCGCAGUGGGAGACCGUGGGUGAUCGCCGUGGCUCGAGCACAUUCUUCACCGUCAAUGUCCACAUGACCUCCAAGGGAGGUUCUUCGUCACUUCACGGUGAUGCCCGCCCUCCCGUCAACAACGGCGUGGAGAUUCGAACCGCACAAAACGCAGUCGUCGCAAACUUUGUYAGACAGAUCCUGGAUAAAGACAAAGAUGCCGCUGUGAUCGUUGCAGGCGAUUUCAACGAGUUCGCCGUAGUGGACGCGCUCAUUCGAUUCGUCGCUGCGUCCGGCCUCAAAAGCAUGGAUGAUGUGGUCAAGCGACCGGACGAAGAGCGAUACACCUACUUAUUUGACUCCAACAGUCAGUCUCUCGAUCAAAUGUACGUCAGCCCCAAACUGUCCAAGGGCUCGCGAUUCGAACAUUUGCAUCUUAAUACCUGGCUGGAUUUCGAUAGUCAGGCUUCGGAUCACGAUCCUAGUGUCGCUAAAGUCAAUGUUUGUAAAUGA